AUGAUGGAUUCCGUGAUGGAUAGGAGGGGCAACGUCAGGAGGAGGCCCUCGUCGGCUUGUCUCGUUGCAGAUAGGAUGUACUGUAGUGGUGGUGUGGAGGCUGGGGGUGACGGAAGGCUGGGAAGCCCUGCGCUGCUUAGAAGGCCCCCGCAGAGCGACUCUCUGGCCGGUACUGCUGCUUCCGCUGCCCUUUUGAGACGGGCCCCCGUUAUUGCGGUUAAUGAUAAGCCCGUGCUCUUUGCACGCUCGGCCCCUGGAUCGAAGGCGGGGCACAGACGGUACAGUCCCACCUUUGAGUUUGGGGCCGUGGAGGAUGACGAGAAUGACGAUGACGGCGGGUCUUUCAGCUCUUUGCACGAUAAGUUCUCGAUGGAAAUCGCAGGUGCAGGAUUCUACAAACAGAUGAACAAUUACUCUUCCGCCUUUGGCGGUGAUUUCAGCACUUUCAGCUUCGAGGAGCCGCAGGCGGUGGGUGUUACCGCAGGAUCAAGUUCCAGCAGUAUUGGGUCAGCCCUCGAGUGCGGUGGCCCUUGUACCCCACUAAGGGACAGCCAUAGGAGACGUUCUUCGACUGCAACGGUGUCCUCUGCGUUCAAAUUGCACUCCAGAAGUGAUAUAUACGGGAAACAGAGGCACAAGAGGACGAUGUCCAGUAACAACAAUUCGCAAGCAAAGAGACUCGUCCAAGAGUUUUUGAAAGUCGAUAAGGAUCCAUCACCCCCAAGGAGAAACUCGUCGUCGCAACUCAACAGCUCAUCGAGUCUGGUGUUUGAAAAUCUGCUGUACAGAGAGCUGGAUCAUUCGUCAAAGUACAGUAUGUCCGCCGUGGCCAAUGAAAGCGAGAGGUCGCUUCCGAGAACACCAUUUACUGAUAGGAACCUGGCCUCCGCUGUGUCAUCUGCAUCGAUUGUCGGCACACCGUCUACUUCAGGCGACCAUUCCAGCCCACCACAGUCGCGGGAAUCGGACAUAUUUUCCAGUUCCCCCGAGAUGGACUCCUCAGCCUCCUCGCUCGAUGUCCAGGUCAAGAAAUCGGUCAAGCGUAAGAUCCCAUAUAAGGAACACAUCCCAACGGCGAUCCACCAACUCGAAUUGAAACUAAGGGAUCAAGUGCAGCGGAAGAUCGUCGCUGAUGAAUCCCGUCUAAUCGAUAAUCUGAACAAAUUCGACACGCUGACGACGGACGUGGCACAACUGCGAGACCAGAUUUCGACUCUGAAGAUGGCAAUCAAAGACACGUACCUACCAAAAAUACGACGCAGCUUUGACCCAAAAAAUAGCGAAUCCUUCAUCCACACUUUACAAGAUAACGUGAACACCGCGGUGCAGGAACUGGAGGUCCUCGAGAAGAAAAUGCAGCAUUACCAACGGAAGGUCGCUCAGCAGAAGGAAACGAUGAAAACUCUAGAGAGCCUCAUCAACAUGGGCAACACAUUAAGAGAGGUGAAACGCAAUACCAAAUCUGUGUACAAAUACAGGUACGUUCUGUUCGACCUGUGUAUUCUCUCAUUCGCCAUCUACUUUGUCAUGCUGCUUCGAAGCCUGUUCUGGUAG